AUGGAUUCCGUUCCCGGGUUGGAGAAACGACCUUCGUGCUACGACGAGUACCGAUCCUCGCUGGAGCCAAAGUAUCGGACCAUGGCCCGCGAUGAGCUGCACGAGGACGAUUACACCCGCGAACCGGCGCUAGCUCAGAUGCGUGAGUUCAUCGCAAAACAUCCGCAAAUCGUGCGUUGCCGUACGGACGCCAUCUUUCUGCUGAGGUUCCUCCGAUUCCGGAAGUUCAACGUUGUAGCAGCCUGUGAAACACUGGAGAGAUUCCUGAUGGUAACGCAAGUGGCUCGGCCGUUUUUCCAAGUGGACCCUGAAGCCCAAGAGCAUCUCAUCAAGCAGCGCCUCAUCGUACCACUGGGACGGAAUCGCCAGGGAAAUCUCGUGGCCACGAUCCGGUUCGGUCAGUCCGACCCCAAAACCAUAACCCCAGAACACUUGUCCAGUUUGGCGUCCCUUCUCAUGGAAACGUACAUCUACGAAGAACUGUACCAGGUGACCGGGCUGGUGGUGGUGGUCGAUUGCGCCGGCGCCACGAUGGCCCACUUUGGCGCGAUGACGCUGCCCAAGCUGAAGAUCAUGAUGACCGCCACGAACGAUAUCCUGGCGGCGCGCGUCAAGCAGAUCCACGUCGUCCAGCUGCCCAAGUAUGCGGCCGUGGUGGCGGACUUUUGCAUAGCGGCCCUCUCGACAAAGCUGCAGCAAAGGUUAAAGGUAAGAGGAGAUUUCCAGUUUAUGGGGCUUAAAGGUUGA